GGCGGCCAUCUUUGUGAAGCCUAGUGUUUACCAAUUCAUUGCGACCUCUUAUGAAUGAAGGAGGAGGUUAGUGAUGGUGGGACGCGUUAUAUGAGGAUCACAACAUCCGGCUGUGAGAUCUUCUGGCCCCUGCUCUUGUACUGCUCCUGUUCCUUCAGAAUAUGUCUCACUGCCCCGCUAAGCUCUGUGAUUAACUGGGUAGGAAGCGGAACGUCAUCGGAAGGAGGAAGAUAUGACAGCUGGGACACGCACCCAGUCGGUCCAGUCAUUCUUUAUGGAGCACAGGUGAAGAAAAGGAAAAAGCCGGCACAGCUUCAGCACAGAAAAUACAAAAUGUCCCACAGAAAAAAAGAAGAGCGAAGGCACAGAAGUGAAGAGGAUGAAGAGCCUGUGACUCCAGGAAGCAGUAGUAGCAGCCAUCGGAGUGACAGAAAAAGGAGGAGAAGUAGCAGUGGUAGUGUCCAUACUUCCCAGGAGAUACAGAAGAUCAAACAUGUUGAGAUCUUCUAUGAGAAACCUCCACCGGGACUUAUUAAGGAAGAUGAACCUAAACCUGAAGACUGUAUUCCUGAUUUGCCUGGUAAUGAACAUGCCAGAGAUUUCCUUGCCCAUGCUCCUACAAAAGGACUAUGGAUGCCUUUGGGUAAAGAAGUAAAGGUUAUGCAGUGUUGGAGAUGUAAGCAAUAUGGUCACAGGACUGGCGAUCGUGAGUGUCCCUAUUUCUUCAAAGGCAAUCAAAAGAUUGAGCAGUUUAGGGUGGCUCAUGAAGACCCAAUGUAUGGCUUACUAAAGGAGAAAGAAAAUCAGGAAAAACAGAUGAGGAUUCAGCAGCUAAAAAAGUUGCUUGAGGAUUCAACAUCUGAAGAAAGCAGUGACAGCAGCAGCAGCUCAAAUCACUCCCGAGAAAAACGAAAGAAGAAAAAAAAGAAAAAAGACAAUAAAAAGAAAAAGAAGAAAAAACGCAAAUCUUCCCAUAGAAACUCAGAUUCCGAUUAAAUGUAUGAAAGAAGCAUAUUGCAUAUACUGUAUAUUCUUUCUGGAAGAAUAGUCUCAGUAGAUGGAGAGAUUGAAAUCUGAAUGGUGGAAGCCGAAGACUUGACAUUAACUUUGUGUAUAAAGUAUUCAGGACUGUGGGCAGGAUGUCCAUAUAAAGUAAUUUAAUAAACCCUGUUUAAAUAACAUUUAUUAA